UUCACACACGGGCCAUAUUGAUACGACCCCGGGGUGGUGCUCAGGCUGUUUGAAUUUCCAGAGACUGGGGCUCAGACGUCACAGUUCCCACCUGAAGCCGGGGCUGACGCCUAAGUUGAGCAAUUGGGGCGAGUGCAUGGGGUGUUACGGAGGUUAUUGCGGUCGUGCCCGGCGGCCCGGGGCCUGGGCCGCUCGGGCGGCAGCCGAGCACUUCAAGUGGCCCGGGGUAGCAAUCAUAUGAAGGGGUAGCAAUAUAAAGAUAGUAAUUGUUGGCGUCGCUUUCUUUCUGGUAGCGACCAAGAAACUGGCUGAAUAAAUACCAUCAAACAGCAUGAGUACGGUUCUGUAAGUGCCGUAGGUACCUACGGUACCGUAGGUAUCCUCCAGUUCACAUACGGCAUGAGUUACAAGCUAAAGGCUAUGUAACUCGAGGAUGAUCGAACCGAAUCGGUAAGUCGAAAUUAUGUGUAGUCUUAGAAUGUAAGCAACAGGUAUGGGCACCCCUUAUUGCGUCCCAAAUAUCAUGAAUUCCGUACACCGCCCGAUUGCUAUCAAUGUCGCAUCAACUCUGACAGAGUGCCAGGUGGCAAGCGUAAGGUAACGCAAGCAGUUGUGGUGGCCUGGGGACACAAGCCGUGGAAUGCCAGUGUGAUAGUAACUAGACUAUGCAAAAAACAGCUUCCUUAGACUUUGUGAGGAGUGCUACGGAAAAUAUAAGGAUAAGAACAAGCUCAACGAUAAGAGGGAACGCAUACUAGCGGCAGGAUUUGGAGUGCGGAAGGAAGUACUGGAGUCUGGCGAUGAGAUUCAUUAUCCAGAAAGAUUUGACAAAAUUGGCGUUUUGUACGAGAUGCGUAUCUUGGGGAAGGUUGCGGUAGUAGAUUCUACCGCAAUGCGAGGUGGCCGGCCUAUAUGGUUUGAAUCGGGUUGCUCUGGGCCGUGCAUCCAUGUUCAGGUCCUAGGUGCAAAUCGCGUGUAUCAAGCCUCUGCUUUGGAUGUAACCCACAGCACCCGUUUGUCUCCAAUGAUCUUUGACACACCAUAGGUCCCGGAUCCAUAUUGCGCCGUUUAUUGGGAGGACAAUUUCGCCGGUGCAACGCAGGUUGUUGAUGGCACCGUAGAGCCUGUAUGGACGGGGGAAACAUUUGUCGUGCCUGUUGUGAACCCAGUCACUCAUUGGGUCGAACGCGCAGCUCUCAGGGGAAGCAAGCGAUCUCACUCGAGUUCAAAGUACAUGGAACCUCUUCUUCGUUUUGAAGUCUUUGACCAUAAUACAUUUUUCAAGGAUGUUUUCGUGGGGCAGGUGUCACUCUCAGCACAGCAGAUUGUCAAGGUGCUAGCAGACUGCGACUCUGAGUCAAGGAUUUACCCAUUGCGGCCAAGGAUGCCAAAUGGGACCAUGCGUGUCACUGCGGCACAGACUAUUCACAUUAAGACAGGCAUGUCUCAUGUCAUUAUCAAAGUGGAAGCCUGCAAAGAGCUGAGCAGAAGCACAGACGUGUCGCAAAAUGAUUCAUACCUUAGCGCAUUCUGGGACAAUCGGCCUCUUGGCGAGUCUCCUGUUGCGCGUAAUAGCUCGAAUCCGCAGUGGGAGAAUUGCAUUUUCCACUUCCCACUUCCUGAUGUUACCAAGGACCGCGGAUCCACUAACAAUAUAGCAAGAAAGCUUAGGAAUAAGACUCUCUUGAUUCAAGUCCGGGAGUAUGAUCGAGUUGGCGAACACAGCGUACUAGGCGAAGUUGAGUUCGAUGGCACCGCCAUUAAUCAACUAGUGAAACGGAGCAGUCAAGCGACAAAUAGGGGCCCGCCCCGGAAGAAUUUGCACAGGACUCUCACGUCAAACGUUGUUCCGCGUACCAAGAAAUCACUUAGUAUCUUCACUGCAGGCUGCUCGUUUGAGACGCUUCUUUGUGGCUAUCACCGAAUAGCUAUCGGGAGGCCAAAAUCGAUUUCAUCUCAACAGGAGCCCAUAUACAUGCAGCCCAAAUUGGCCACAUCUAAGUCUGUCUCUGUGAGACACUUGCGGGAGGUUGGUUUUGCCCCGGCACUCGAAGUACCUCUUGGCCUGGGCAAUGCGCAUAACGGAAGUAAACGGGUUCGAGGUAGUCUGGGCGUCCGGCUUAUCUACCAUACACGUGGUAAAGUAAUCCGAGGAGUUGAUGUCGGAGUUCAACAGAUGUCUCUCGGAGAGCGAGCUAGGCUCACCGUGCGACCUGAUUAUGGCUUUGACACAGUAAGACCUGGACCAAAGAUUCCGCCAGGUUCAGAACUUGAUAUUAUCGUCGAUCUAGUUAGUAUUGCUGGCCACACAUCAUGGAUCACCUACGCCCAAAGAGCCCUUAACGGCAAAUUUCGCAUUUACAAAAAUAAAUUUAGCCUCCUCUGGGAACAUUUCGAAGCCAUAUUCCCCAGAAUGGGAAAAUGUCUUGCUAGACUGGGCCGGAUAAUUUAUAAAUGCGAACUUAUUAUCUUUAAAUGCAUUUGCUCUCUCUUGCUCUGCGUGUGCCGAGCCGGUAUGAAAAUCGGUGAGAAGACGCGGAAAGAAAAGAGGGAAAAGAUGAAGAGAGAGCGGGAAGCUGCCAUUCUUGCUCGUGCCGAAUCUAGUGUAUCAUUCUUACAUAGCCAUCAAGAUGACUUAGAACCUGAGGACACCGCAAGUGAGGACACCGGCGUAAACGACACCCCUCCUGACCUAAUGGACAUCAAUGAUAGCCUCACUGAAGCGGAGGAGAAAACCAGACGCCUACACGAUUUGGCUAGUGCGCGUAGCUUAUUCUCUGGAAAGGCGAAGCGACGUUAGAUACUUAUAUAUACGAGUCGCGUGCAAGAGAGCGGACAAGCACAAACAACGACGGCUGAACUAAUACUUAGAACUUGGCUCAGGACUAUUUAAAUUUAAAUAAGCAAACAAACAAGGACAGCGAUGCGGAGGAUGCGGCGAUGUUUGUUUGCUUACCGUGGCUCAUUUUUUUUUUUAGGCUUCCGUGGUCUUCCUUCAAAUCCUCUUCAUGAUCCCCCCCUAUUUGAUCUUGAAAGGGGCCGGGCCGAUGGUUAGCCCACUGGCAGUCGGAGUUCCCCCCUGUCGGACACCGGUCGAUUCUUUGGAGUAACAUCCUGCCUUAUCUUUC